AUGUCUGUCACUCUUGAACUUCCUUUGGCUCUUGCUAUCCUUGACGGCUACCUCGCCGAGAACAAGUACAUCCAAUCGGCUGAAGCUGAUGCCGCCGUUGCCAAGGCUCUCGGUUCUGCUCCUGCUGCCGAAUUCGCCAAUGCCAGCAAGUGGUACGCUGAUGUCAACAAGUCUGGUGCUGCUCCCGCUGCUGAGGACGAUGAUGACAUUGAUCUCUUCGGCUCUGAUGAUGAAGAGGUUGAUGAGGAAGCUGAACGUAUCAAGGCUCAACGUCUUGCUGAAUACAACGCCAAGAAGGCUGCCAAGCCCAAGCCUAUUGCUAAGACCACCGUUACCUUGGAAGUCAAGCCCUGGGAUGAUGAGACUGAUAUUGAUGCCAUGACCAAGGCUGUCCGUGAUAUCGCCAUGGAGGGUCUUCUCUGGGGUGGUUUCCAACACGUCCCUGUUGGUUUCGGUAUCAAGAAGCUUCAAAUCAACUGCGUUGUUGAGGAUGACAAGGUUUCCAUGGAUGACUUGACCGAAGCUAUCGAGGCCUUGGAGGACUAUGUCCAAUCCGUUGAUGUUGCUGCCAUGCAAAAGAUCUAA